AUGAUGUCCCCGAAUUGCAUCAAAACAUCAAACGAGUGUCAAUAUGGCAACACUUGGGAUCGGAAUUCAGAGAAUCUUUUUUCUUGCUGUUUAUGUGGUGAACAAGUUCAGCGUCAUCAAGUUGCACUUCAUGCAUGUUCAGGUGAUAAUUGUAUCUGUCAACAAUGUCUUGCCAUGCAAUAUCCUUGUGACUAUGAUGGCGAACACGAUGAUUAUUACUAUGAGAACGAAGAAACAUCUCCAACAAAUGCAUAUGAAGCAUGGGAAUAA